CGCAGUACCGUUCCGUGGAAUUAUACACCUUCAAGCACUAAUGAUAAGAGCUACGUGUAUCACGCGUGGCAGUCUGUAAGUUACCGCGCGCCGCCACCCCCGAUUUAUCGCCCGCAUACAACUUCUGUCUGUUGAGCCUCACUGUUCACUGACGGCAUCACGGCACCCACCCAGUCGCAUUUUGCCGGUCGAACACCGUGAACGUGUUAAGUCUACUCUACACCAAAAAAUCUAGAUCUCUUAACAAUGGCCUGCUCAGUCAGUGAUUCCCCCUCCCUCAAGGACCUCCCCAAGGUCGCCACUGAUCUCAAGAGCCAGUUGGAAGCGUUCAACCCCAGCUGUCUACGGGAUGUUGACACUAAUGAAAAAAUCGUGCUACCAUCAGCUGAAGACGUUGCGAAAGAAAAGCUGCACUCAGCACUCCUCCACGACGUAGAGCAAUUUCAGACAUCCUCUCUAAAGAAAACGGACACCGUAGAAAAAAUAGUCUUACCCAACGCCAUAGAUGUGGCAACUGAAAAAACUCAAAAGUCCCUAUUUGACGGUAUUGAGAAGUUCGAUUCCAGCAUGCUGAAGCACACGGAAACACAAGAGAAGAACCCGCUUCCUGAUAAAGAUGUUGUCGCAGCGGAGAAGGCACACCAGAACCUUCUAGAAGGGGUGGAACACUUCGACAAGACACAAAUGAAACAUACAACAACGGAAGAGAAAAAUUCAUUGCCGCCUGUUGAAGCCAUUGAAGCCGAGAAGGAGAAGAACAAGUUCUUGAAUGGCAUCGAGAACUUCGACCCAACUAAGCUGAAGCACACGGAGACCUGCGAGAAGAACCCCCUGCCCACCAAGGACAUCAUCGAGCAGGAGAAGACGGCCUGAACUGCCAGUAUUUAACGCAACCAUAUAUCGCUAGUGUCGCCGUAUUUUAGACUCGAUAUAAGUUUUGUAAGGCCAGGUGACAUAGCCCGCGUGUAACAACUCAAUGACACCGGAAGGUUCCGGAAUUUUCCGGAUCGUUUCGGUCUUGACCGGAUCGGGCCCCGUCAACUGGAAAAUUUAGAACGUAGGAACCAAAUUUUCUAUGUCACUUUUAACUAUAUAUAUCUGAUAAGUGUAUUUUAUGAGCAUUUUUAUUUAAUUUAUAACGAGUUGGAUUAAAUUUUAAGAUUGA